GUUAUAUCAGUCAGCCAAAAUAUUGUGCUGUACUGUAAUCAAACGUGCAAAUAAAUUGUGUAGCAAGGAUUAAUGUUUGAAAUUUUUACUUUCUGUUAAGUUGAUGUGUAAAAUACUGUUAUCAUGUCCAAAAGGAAAGCCGGAGUGAACGAUAUCAUUUAUGAAUUGGACAAUGAUGAUGUCGAAAUAAGUAGUGAAGACGAAGCAAAAGAAGCUAAAUGCAAACGUUUGGAUACAGAUUUAAAUGCAUUUUGCGUCGACAAUAAACAUGAUAAUCAAAAUAAAGAUAUUUUAAUUAAUCUUACUGAAGAAGAAAUAGACACUACACCUAACUCUGUAAGUACAUGUAAUGGAGGGAAAACGUCGCCUGCCGAGAUUCCCUCCGGUAAUAAUAGUGCAAGUAUCUUUGAGACUGAUGAAGCUGAUAGCGGAAAAUUAUUAAAUAACGAUGGCAAUAAAACAACUUUAUUUCAUGAAGAUAUUAUUGUUGAUUCACCAACUUCGAAUAGUGAUUUAGGAGUAGUGGGAUGUGAAAACAGAACUCCUUUAAUAUCUGUUCGAUUCAAAGAUAAGAAGUUAGCUGCUAGUUACAAAAGAAAAAUAAAGACUUUUAUGUUAAAUCUUAUCAAAUUACAUGAAAAUAAUUCUUCUGAAUUAGACAGUGAAACUGAUAUAGAGUUGGAUAUUUGGCCUGAAGAUUUAAAUGAAGAUGAUUAUGAAAAUGAUGAUAACACUGAGCAGGAUGGGCUGUUCUUUGUGGAUACUGCACCUUGCUCAUCUGCCGAUGAAGUACCAACUUAUACUCAAGUUUCAACAUUAAUAUCAAACAACCCAAUUAAAGAGCCAUCUCCACCCCCUACUUUACGGCGCACUCCUCUUUGCUUCAAUUGCGAUGGGCCCCAUCAACUCCGAGAAUGCAGGAUGCCAAGAAAUAAUACUCGGAUAGCAGAAAAACGAAAAAAUAUGACCCGAGUUGGCCGUUAUCAUAUAGAAGAUGAGCAGAAAUAUGGACAUCUUAUACCAGGGAGGAUAUCUGGUAAACUUCGCCAUGCUCUGGGUCUGAAGAGACAUGAACAUCCACUUUACAUAUACAAAAUGCGAAUGUUGGGCUAUCCACCAGGAUGGCUAGAAGAAGCUCGAAUAUCGCACUCUGGGAUUACAAUGUUUGAUUCAAGUGGAACUGCCAUCCAAGAUCCUGAAGAAGAGGAAGGUGAAGUCUGUGAGCCAGGGUCUAGGGAUAAAUUUGACAUCAAAAAAAUCCUGGACUUCCCUGGUUUUAAUGUCCCUGCCAGUUCACGCUACAAAGAGGAAGCCCAUUUAUUAGGAUUGCCGCCAAUGUCCGAGCAAGACAGUAAGAUCGCUAUGCUACAAAUGCUCGCCCCCAACGCCAUGAAAGCAUAUAAGCGAAAAAAGUUGACAUUAUUCCCAUCAUCGGAAAACAACACGGCUACACAGGAAACUGCCGAAAUGGAUUUAGAUAGUGGAGAGGAAGCGGCAGAGUUCCCCUCGGUGCCUCCGUUACCAGACGAAGCGCCGCCCCCUUUGCCGGUAGCGCCACCUCCGCCGCCAUCAACUCCACCACCGGAAUCACCUCCACCGGCCCCACCAGGAAUAGAAGACGAGAUCACUGAAACUUCCAAACAGGAGACUGAGAGCGCUGACGAAAAAUCCGCUGAUGACAUAGAAGUAAUUGAAGUCAUGAAGGUGAAAGAUAUACCAGUGCCACAACCUGUGAUGAUCACUAUAGAUGAUGACGAGGACAAGUCUCAGGUAAGUAGUGGACGAGACAGCCCUACGCUCGAUGAUCUUGAAGAAAAAAAGCUUGCAUUACUUAACGCACUCAAAGGCGAAGUUGGACUAAAAGACAAUUUAUCAAUUAAUUCCGAAAUUGAAAAUGACGGCAAUAACACAGCUAAUGAUGAACAUAUACUUGACGAAUGCAGCAAAGCACCUAAUGACGAAUCUAACUCACAAAAUGAGAGUGACAAAGAGAAGACCGAGCCUUCAAAUAUAGUUAAUGAAGAAACUGUUGUCGCAGAAGGUAUUCCUGUGAAUGAAACAAACACAAUUUCUGACAGUCAAUGUAAUUUAUCGACACCAGAAAAUAAAACAGGGAGUGUCAAAACCACCUCUUAUGGUACACCCGUAAUGAAUAUAGCGUCUUCUUACGUUAAAUUGCCGAGUGAUGAUAAGUUUGCAAAAGACAUUUGUGACGUUAUAAACUUUGAGAAUCUGCCCAACUCAACAGGGAAGUAUAAGAAAAUUUGUAGUUUGCUUAAAAAGGUCAAAAGUGAAGUGGAUAGGAUACAGGAAUCAUGAUUAUUGCUUUCCCCACCUUAUAAAGGUGAUAGUUGAUGCCAUUGAACUCUUAAGAUAGACAAAUGUUACAUAAUAUUUGGCAAGUACUGGGUACUAUAAUGUAAAAACUAAAUAUUUUUAUAAUAUUAAUUUAAAUUUUGCAGUCACAUUUGACUAUGAGUUAUCUAUCCUAUAGGAGCAGUUUAUUCAAAG